UUAUAAUAAAGGUUGGUGUUUAUCAUCAUGAGUCAUCGUGCUAGAGAUUAUUCUAUCUGGAAUAUGCUACACUAUGGCAGAGCACCCGAUGCGGAGCUCGAAUCGGAAACGCAACCAGAGACAUCCACAACAACCACAAUUCGCUAUAGCGAAGACAAAGAAGAUAUACCACCACAAUAUAUCGAGGAAAAAGAAGGAUUAUUAAAUGAAUACAAAGAUGAAAAAUCAGGAUAUACUUCUGCUGUCCAAGAUUUGGAAAAGGGCGAACCAUCCAAACCUAGAAACACACCUACACAGGAAAAGCGUGGCUCAUACUCUGGUCCUAAACAUAUAAUUGAAGUUUCCAAUCCUAAUAUCCCUCCAAAACACUAUGGAUCGUCAGUUCAUUCUGCAGUGUUGAUUGAACAUACUUUUGGGCAUUCAUGGGGCUCACCUGCUAUUCAAAAGUUUACUCCUCCGGAUGUUGAUUACGAUCGCGUUGUUCUUACCCUUCACACUGAAGUCGAAGGGGUACAAUAUGAUAGACUUGCUAAUUUGUUUGUUAAUGGCGUACAAAUAUGGCGUACAUCUACUAUUGAACCCGGUGGAAGAAAAGUUGAAAGUGAUUUCAAGAAGGACGUCUCCACCUACUUGAACUUAUUUAAGUCUGAAGCAGAUGUCAUGUUCCAAUUGGAUAACAUUUUAACUCCUGGAUUGACUGGUGAAUUCAAGAUUUUGUUCACUGUUGAUUUGUACAAGAAUAAAAAGUGGAGAAAGUUCGCAAAAGAACGUCAUUUAUUCUCUAUCAAAAAGCCAGCUGAUGCCAUCUACCCAUUGACCGUCAAUGAAGACUCCAAAGUCCCACCAGUACUUUACAUUCCUAAUGAUAAGCUCCGUGUAAACUUGCCAAGUGUACCUAAGAAUACCACUCGUCUUGUUCUCUCCAUUUUCACUUCUGGAAAUGCCGCUGAAGAAUUUUGGUAUACAAAUGUUUUAGAUAAGUACCGUGAUAAAUUCCAAGACCAUGGUAAUCAAUUCAUUGGUCGUGGACCAAUUCGUGUUGUGAAUGUCUUUUUUAAUGGUGAGAAGAUUGCUGUCCAGACUCCACAACCUGUUAUUUUCACUGGUGGAAUAUCACCUGCUUUGUGGUCACCGGUGGUUUCAAUCGAUGCAUUCGACGUACCUUCUAUUGAUGUAGAUGUUACUGGUUUGUUACCAUUGUUGUGGGAAAGUGACAAGGAGAAAUUUUUGGAGAUUGAGAUUAGUAAUGGUUUAGGUGAAACUGGUCACGAUGAUUCAGCUAAUGUUAACACAAAUUGGAUUACCACUGCUAAUUUGUUGGGAUUCCAAAGUAAACAUGUUGUUGAUGCCAAUGGUGAAGUGCAAAAUAUUGACCAUUCCAGCAGGGCUCAUGUGGUUGCUGCAUCUAUUCCAUUCACCCAUUCUUAUCAACAGAUUAUUUCUUCUACAUUUAAAGCGCAGUUGAUUAGUAAGUUGAGCUUCAUCUUGAAGAAUGGUACAUCAUUGAAUACUACCAUUAGUUCAUACACUCAGGCUAAAGUCGAUAAUGUCCAAAGUUAUUUGCAUUAUGGAAAUACUCAGCGUUUGGUUCACUCGGGUGCUUCUCAAAAGUCCGUGCUUAUUCAAAACGAUGAUAUUCCACUUUCUGAUGUGAAUGAUGUUGAUGAUGACAGUAAGCACGGGCAUAAACAUAAGUUGCCUUCAAAUACUAUUCAUUCAGUUAAUGUCACCCAACUCUACCCUCUCGUUCUUUCAUUGAAUGAAAAGAAACGUGAAAGUCAGCCAGACAAUUCAUUUGAGUUGGAAUUUGACGUUAAGAUUGUGCAAGCCAAGGCAGUUGAUGUUGCAUUCCAUGGACACAAAGUUCUCAAUGCCACAAUUGGACAAAAUGGUACCUCGACAUAUGUAUUAAGCUCUAAGGGUAACCAUGGAUUUGGUAGUUUGAGAACUACGUUGCAAGCUACUUAUGGUCCUCAAAAGUUUGCUCACAAUUACAAGAGAGUAGUUGAUACCGCAAAUGGUACCAUUGUUUCAGAUGAAACAGAAAAUUUUAUCGACAAGAGCUUAGAUGAUCAAGAAAGAAAAUAUUCCAGAUUGGCCAUUUAAACACCGUGGAUGUCGUGCAAAACUGGGGGUGAGAAAAUGGAUAAGUAAGACCUUGUUUAAAUUGGAUCGUUAUGUCAAGGGAGUCAAAGUGGACCAUAGUUUCAAAGUUCAAGAAAAGAGGAUUAAGCACAAUUUCAGCGCAAUGCGCUGUCGUGAUUAGUUAAACGCAUUUCUAAUUUUAUUAUUUCUGUUUGUGUAUAGUACAUAUGUUUUAAAGUGAAAGGAAUUUUUUUUUAACCGAAGCCUGCCCAUUCAAUAGAGUAAGCAGUGAUUGUAGGAUCGGAAAACAAUUCAUUAGCAACGUCUAAACCGACAGAGGAUUGCUCUUUGGCAUGACUGGACUCCAUAAUAAUCAUAUUCUUUUUGACACCAGUUGCCAACCGGCCACCCACAAUGAUUUCAUUAAUAUCUACGAAAUCAAACUUGAUGAUGGAAUAUGAAUGAUAGCGCAAUGGGUCGCCAGGAUAUAUAACCAAGUCUCCUCCAAACUUUAAACCAGGACUUAUAAAGUAUCCCUCAUUUUUCAAGUGCUUGAACUUGUGAUAAUUGGAUAUAAGUUGUGGAAUAGUAGUUUUGCAGUUUGGAGAACUCAAAUAUUUAUCAAUAUAAGAUUGCAAGGUCACCUUGCAUUGGUCGAUUAAUUCCCAAUCAUCCUCCUCUCCAUAGUCAUUCGUGGUGAUCAAAAAGUCAGGUUUAGUAUCGGCCUUUUUCUUAUCGAGGGAAAUCAAGUUCUUAUUCUUGUAGUCUCCAUUCAUCGCAUCUUUCUUUAAAUUACAAUAUUUGAGCCAGUCCACAAGCACACAUACAUCUUGUUCAAAUAGCCAUAUGACUUCCCAAACCAUCAACUUCAAAGGAACAGAGAGGAACACAUUUUGCUGGGGAUACUGGGCAAGUGUUCCUAUUAAGACUCCUAGAAUACCAUACUCAUCUCGUAAUCGUCUUAUAGCGGUAGUGUUGAAAAUUAGAACUUCGGGAUUAGCUGAAUCUAUUAGUGGGAGCACAAUUGGUUUACUUGCAGCUAGCUCAUUCUCUGACAUCAGGUGUGAUAUGUUAGGAAAGUUGAUUUAGAAAUAGUGAU